AUGGCUAAACUCCACAGCUUUCCCCCUGACACAACAGGCCACUGGGAUAAAAAACACACACCGCCGACGGUGAAACGAGGCCAACCUGCUCGCAGGCCUCCUCGCGAUGGCGGGAUUGUUCAUCCUCGCGCCUCAAAAUUUCACCUCAGCAGCGAGUUGGCGGGCCGGCCACGUGACCUCACGCUCGCCCCUCGCACACCUGACGGGAGAACCACCGCGCGACCCCGGCCCCCUCCACAACGCCGCGCCUCCCGCACUACAUUUCCCAUGAUCCUUCCCAUCCCUCCCGGCGGGCGGGACGGCGAGGCACGACGGGAAAGGGCGAGCGGUGUCGGGCCGGAGCGCGCAUGCGCGGGGGGUCUGGCUGGCGUUAUUGUGCUGGAUGGGGGUGAGCAGCUGCGUGCGGUGAUUUACCGGGCGGAGCGGGCAGGUGGUGUAUCAGUGAAUUCAUACGUUUUCCCAAGAAUUAAGGAGGAAGAAGACAUGGAAUCUUCUUAUACGGACAACUCUGGUCAAGAGCUUUCCAGUUACUCCGAUGUCUUUGAACACAUUAAAACGGAAGAUUCCAGCAAUUCCUACGGAUCUGUGAGAGAGGAAGGCGACAGGAUGCGAGGUAAUUUGAUUUAUAACCCGGAUACGUUGCUUUGGAUUAAGCGGGUUGAUGAAGCAGAAAUGACAACGGAUGAUGACUCAGAAGCUAAAGAGCCACAGCAUGGUGUGUUAUCCAUCAAGGAGGGAUACCUGAAAACAGGCUCCACAAGCAGUAUCACUGACAAGGAGGUGAGGCGACGGCCUCGAUUCUCAGCCUCAGAAGAAUUUGUUCUGGUGACCGAAAUGUUAGAACACUACGACAGACUUUUUGGGGGAAAAGCCAGAAUAACCCCAUUUCCACAGAAAGUUUUGAUUUGGCAGAAGGUCCUCAAUAACGUGAAUGCAGUCGGUGUGGUGCAGAGAGGCAUCGAGGAGGCCAAGAAACACUGGCACCUUUACAGGCAUAGGCUAAUGGAGAAACUAGCUUCUGUUCGUAAGCAUGGUUCAGCACCUGGUCAUCCAUUGUUCUUGCAGUUGACACCGAUGGAAAGCAAGGUGGCCAACCUGUUCAAACUGGAGUACAUGCUCAGGAGCCCGCAACAUGGCCUCCAGAGCCAAAACAGCAUGGACGUGGCAGGAGAAAAGGGCAGCGCGUGCGUGCAAAAUGGAAGUGGCUCCGGUGAUCCGGGAGUUGGUAGUUUGGGGCAGGGGGAUUGCCCUUACACCAAAGCUCCCCGUAACAUCAAAUUUUCCUUUGACGAAAACUGCGCUCUGGUGCAUGAAGCUGUAGGCGUGUGGGACAGUAUUAUUGGCAAGAAUGCAGCCACCAUCUCUCAAGCCCGUAAGAACUUUCUGUGGUCCAGGAUUGUAGAGGCGGUCAAUGCAGCCGGCACUCAGCCCCGAAGCGCAGAAAACUGCAAGAAGAGAUUGAGAGACAUUAAAAGGCGUGUAAAGGCAAAGAUGGUCGACCAGCGCAAGUAUUAUCAGCGGAACAGCGGUGGUCCUGUCUUGGAGUUGCAGUACCUGUCCUAUGAGGAAGAAUUAAUGCAUGUCAUCGGCCCAGAUACCGUACGACCUAUAGAUGGCCAUGUGGACACAGAUCGAGAACCACGUCUCCUGAAUCAUCACCACCCAGCACUAAUAGGGUUCCCAUCUCCUGCCCCCAUUGGUCAGAAAAAAGAAGGUCUUUCUUAAAUUUCAACAGGCAAAUCUGAGCCUGAAGACACCUGUGACGGCGAAGACUUUUGGAACCAUUCAUCGUUUGAUAUGGCCGAAGAAGAGGAGGAGGAAGAUGAUAAAGAGAUGGUGGUAAAGAUGGAACCGAUCGAUUACAGUGCUGAUGCAAUUACACCUCCUGCACAACCAUUUCCCGUUGUUGUCCAGCCUGUACCUGUUCCUGCCCAGCUUCCUGUUCCUGCCCAGCUUCCU